ACUCGCAUCUCCUGGAUCGAUCUCAAUCGCUGCUGUUCCAGCCGCAAGCCCCGAACCCGCCCGCAUAGCCAGCAACAGCAAACCAACAUGGCCACUUUCUCCGACCAACUCUUCGGCGGCCUGCUCCUGCUGAUCGCCACCUUUGUCUUUUCCUACUACACCGUCUGGGCCCUCAUCCUGCCCUUUGUGCCAGACAACCAUCUCGUUCAGGCAUACUUCCCCCCUGCCGAGUGGGCCAUCCGCGGACCGGUCAUUCUCCUGGUGGUCGGCGUGUCUGCGAUCGGAGGAUUCAUCUCGUAUGUCCUGUUGAAGGGCGGCAAGAAGAAGAAGCAGAACUGAUGCCGCAGCGGACAGCGAGUGUCCAAGCGCAGACGAGGGGCAGUCCUGUCUCCUCUGGCACUGCAGCACGCACUUCUCAAUACAAUCAUCCAUGUAUCAUCCAUCUA